AUGAUUGUGAGCCAGUUGCCAUAUGUCAGCUCACAAUUGUGUGACUGCAGGGAUGCUGCAAAGGCCAGAAUUUUGAGGACCAGAUCAUUCAUGGUAGACUAUAAUUUAACCAAAGGAGAACCUUCCCAGCAGUCAGAAGCUUCAACAAGUCAAGCUCCCAAUUCAGUGGACUCCAGUCGGAAUCGCAGGUCCUCUGUUGCUUCUGGAUCUUCCCAGUCAAGUUAUCGAAGUCCGAAAGAUGCUCUACGCCAUCGCAUAUUGCACUUGUCUGAAUUGCUGCGGGUAGAGAAGGUCAAUCGUGAUGAGAACCUCUCCACUUAUGUGGAACUGGUAAGCAAGGCUGAUCGGGAAAAGGCACCCUCCAUCCGUCAAGCAUUUGAACGUAUCAACCAACGCUCCUCGGCUAAUAUUGCUCAUCUCGAACAGCGUCUGCAGGAUUGCAUAGCCCAACUGAAGAGAUUAGAACAGAAGAUUUUCUCACCUGCAGACAGCAGUUCCUCUCCCCCACCCCAAACCCUCAAGGUCAAUGUGACCCAUCAAGGGCCAUAUAACAUAUUCAAGUUCCGCCCUACAGAAGCUCCUCUAAUAGAAGAAUACUCCAUCCAAGAAAGUGCAGAAAAUGAGUCUAUCACAGAGGGAGGCUCAAAGCAGUAUCUUGAAGAGGAGGUAAAAAAGAAGCUUCAGGACCUGAGGAACCAGAUCACGGAGCUAAAAGAAUAUCACAAAGCCCUGGACAAUCAGAGGAACAUGUUAGAUGAAACUUGGAAAGCUGAUAAAAAGCAAAUUAUGGAACUCCUACAGGAGGAAAAGAAAAGGCACUAUAACCUGGAAAUACAAGUGAAUGAUGCGAUACAGCUAAAUCUCAAUGAAAUCACCAACCUCAAACAUGAUCUGGCUUGCACUGAGGAGAAGAUGGUGUAUCAAUCUUAUGAGAGGUCACGGGAUGUCUGGGAGGUGCUCGAUUCCUACCAGACCCGGCUUGCCAAACUGGAGCUGCAGCAGCAAGCCCAACAACAGGAGGCAAUGGAGAUGCCCCAGGCGAGUAUGUAUAAGCUUUAUGGACAGCUCAUGAACCUUCUAUUGACCAUAGCUGCCAUUAUCCUGGUGUUUUUUUCAACAAUUUCAGCUUUUAUAGUGCCUCUUCUGCAUACUCGUAUGCGGGCCAUAUCCACUCUCCUUGUGAUCACCAUCAUAACUCUUGCAUGGAAUUACUUCCCUGACAUUAUUGAGUCAGAAUGGAAAACAUGGCUUCCUUCAUUUGGAUAG